UCCCUGCAACUUGUGAAAAAGAAGUGGAUGCUUAUUUCUGCAGAGUUGAAGGAGGAAUUUCCAAAAGCUUUCCAACUUCAGAUUUAUUUUUUCCUCCCUUUUUUUUUAUUUUGUCUCCAUUUGCUCCUCUUGUGCGCUGGCAUCAUUGUUGUAGAUAUAUUGUUUUAAAUCCGACCAGUCGUCUACAUUUGGUGCCUGCUCUUGGAUGAACUUCCUGAUGAGAGAUCCAGUCAUACAGGGAUCAAGUAUGGCAUAUCAUCCGUUUAUACCUCACCGGGGUCCGGAAUUUGCCAUGAGUGCAAUGCUGGGUCACCAGCCUCCAUUCUUCCCGGCCCUGGCUCUCCCUCCUAGCGGCUCCCUCUCUCUGCCGGGCGCGCUGGGAAAGCCGAUCAUGGACCAGCUGCUGGGAGCUGCGGAGACCGGCCUCCACUUUUCCUCGCUGGGGCACCAGACUGCGGCCGCCCACCUCAGGCCUCUCAAGACUCUGGAGCCCGAGGAAGAGGUGGAGGACGACCCCAAAGUUCACCUGGAAGCCAAGGAGCUUUGGGAACUCUUCCACAAAAGAGGCACUGAGAUGGUGAUCACAAAAUCCGGAAGGCGGAUGUUCCCUCCGUUCAAAGUGAGGUGCACUGGUCUGGACAAGAAGGCCAAAUAUAUUCUCUUGAUGGAUAUUGUUGCUGCCGACGACUGCAGGUACAAAUUUCAUAACUCCCGCUGGAUGGUGGCAGGGAAGGCCGACCCCGAAAUGCCAAAGAGGAUGUACAUUCACCCGGACAGUCCGGCUACUGGUGAACAGUGGAUGUCAAAAGUCGUCAAUUUUCACAAACUCAAGCUGACAAACAACAUCUCCGACAAGCAUGGAUUUGUAAGUUCAACUAAUACCAUACUUAACUCGAUGCACAAAUAUCAGCCUCGAUUUCACAUUGUGAGGGCCAACGAUAUUCUCAAACUCCCGUACAGUACCUUCAGGACUUAUGUUUUUCCUGAAACGGAUUUCAUUGCCGUGACUGCUUAUCAAAAUGACAAGAUAACCCAGCUGAAAAUUGACCAUAAUCCAUUUGCCAAAGGAUUCCGUGACACUGGCAAUGGGAGACGGGAAAAGAGGAAACAGCUGGCUCUGCAGUCCAUUCGUUCAUACGAGGAGCAGCAGAAAAAGGAGAACGGGGCUUCAGACGACUCCUCUGGAGAGCAGCCUUCCUUUAAGUGCUUCGGCCAGGCCUCGUCCCCUGCCGUGUCUACCGUGGGCCCCCCACACCUUAAAGAUUUCUGCGACAGCGAUGAGGACAGCGACGACGAGAGCAAAGACGGACACAUCAAAGAUGGUCCGGACUCCAGCAAGAUUUCCACAACUACGGAGGAUGGAAAGGACCAUGAGGCGAGCCCAGCUAAGGGGCACUCCUUUAGUAACAGUGAUUCUACCAACAGAAACCGCGACAGCGGCCCUAGGACUGAGAAAAGCCAGGCAGACUCGAGGCAGAGCCCCAUCACAGUCAUCUCCAGUACCACCCGCUCUGGAGAAGACCUCAAGAGCCCGAGUCUGGACCAGCCGAAAACGGACGAGUGCAGAUCGAUAAGCAAGGACAGUUUCAUGCCUUUGACUGUUCAGACUGACAGCCCGCACAUAGGCCACAGCCACUUGCAUAAUUUUGGAUUUCCAACAGGUCUAACAGGACAACAGUUUUUCAAUCACCUAGGGAGCGCGCAUCCGUUUCUCUUGCACCCCAGUCAGUUCAACAUGGGAGGUGCAUUCUCAAACAUGGCCGCGGGCAUGGGGCCACUAUUGGCAGCUGUGUCCACGGAAGGGGUGAGCACCAUGGACACGACUAGCAUGGCAUCACCUCAGCAAAGCUUGACGGGAGCGCCAGGUCUACCCUUUCAUCUGCAGCAACAUGUUUUGGCGUCACAGGGUAUUGCCAUGUCCCCGUUUGGCAGUUUGUUCCCUUAUCCCUACACGUACAUGGCAGCAGCCGCAGCAGCCUCGUCCGCUGCCGCAGCCUCCUCCUCGGUGCACCGGCACCCCUUCCUGAACGCAGUGCGCCCUCGACUCAGGUACAGCCCUUACUCCCUUCCCAUGACGGUACCGGACAGCACACUGCUCACCACCGCCAUGCCCUCCUCCAUGGCAGGCAGCGCGACCGAGCUGAAAGGGGACGGCAUGGUCCCAGCAAGUCCCGCGUCUGCUGUCACCCUGGAUUCCACAUCGGAGGUGACCAGCCACUCGUCCACCAUAUCCUCCGGCUCGGUUUCCAUGUCACCAAAAACUUGCACAGAGAAAGACGCCGCCAACGAGCUGCAGAGCAUCCAGCGCCUGGUCAGUGGACUGGACUCGAAUCAGGACAGGCCACGAAGCGGGUCCCCCUAGGAGUGCUUUUUCUUCUUUCUUUUUUUUUCUUUUUUUUUUUUUUUUUUUAAACACACCACCUGCUUCUCGUUUCGUUGUUGUCAUGAAAAGUGAAAAGUGUUGACGGUGAUGAAGACAUUAACAGUAGGAGGAAACCCUCGUAGAUUAAUGCAGGUUUUAAAAAGAAACAAAAAAAAUAAAUUAAAAAAAAAAUGAACUGUUGGACGUUUUUAGUUUCUGAAAUGCACUUUGGUUAAUACACACCUGAUACUUUUUUUUGUUUGUUUUUGUUGAUACAAUUUUUUGUUAAAUUAAACAACACUUUUAUCCUGUCAUUUGAAUACCGUACAAGUAUUGAAACUGAAAAGUUGGCAUGGGUGUGACUUACAGAUUUAGGAGAAGUUGCUGCUGUGUCCUGUCUCCUAUAACUUUAUUGUACACGAGGAGAAAUUUGUUUUUAAUAUGCACUCUGAAUUGGUUUGACUUAUUUGACUUCACUACCGUUUAACCUACCUUUUAAAGACUGCUGUAUUUUGUUGUACACGAUGAAUUGAUUGAUUAAUUGGCCAAAUGAUGCAUGUAUGUCCACCCUAAACUAAAGAUAUUUUAACACUAAAAACUGAAAAAGUGUGAAAAAUAUUCUGUUUGGAGUAUAAUUAACGGACACUCUCCCUCUGCUCAAGUUUCUUUUUGAUUGGGUUAUCACAGUUUUGAGACAAAUUUGUUUUUUCUUCACGCCUUUUUUAAUUGCAGAACUUGUGCUCCGGGAUAAAAAAUGGCCCUAGCAUGCGGGAUUCAGCCAAAAUGUCCAACAGGCAAAGGGAAGCAGAAAUUACAAUUAAAUAUUGAAAAAAAAAUGAAAGGUAGUAUUGAUUAUACGUGUACAUAGGGAUAUAUAAAAUAUUUAUGUAAUUAUUUCAUAUUGUUAUUGCGUGUAAAUAAAACGGAGUAGUUUGUUUCUAGGGAUCUGUUCUUAAUUUAUUGUCGAUAUACCUGUGUAAAGAUAGUUUGUGGGCUAUUAUCCUUUCGUUGCCAUCUGCAUUUAUACCCCCCUCUUAAAAUAUGGUCUUUAUUCCUCCCCCAAAUAUCCACUGAGCUAGUUAUUCACACUCAUGUGCCAUUGUAUUUUCACUUGUUGUCCCCGUGUGUGAAGUGUUUUAAAACGAAUGAAAAAGCGACAACGCACUGCACCAAUGGCUUGAAAAAAAUAUUCUUUUUUUUUUUUUUUGAAAGAGAAAAAGAAGUGUCGUUGAAGUGUGAUAAAAGUGGACUAUUUUUUUUUUCUGUUAUUAAAAUACUUUGCGAACCUGAUCGUAAAAAGUGCCGCAUAAUCGAAAAUAUGAAGGUUUCUUUUGUGUUUUAAGUUGUCAAUGGGUUAUGUUGUAUUUGGAUUUAUGUCU